AAAAAAAAAAAAAGUGUCGCUGGAGGGAGGAAAACGCGGGGCUGAGGGUGUGAGAUUCAUUCCUUUCAGAAAGUCCAAAACUAUUCGUCGCUUGCUGGUCCGAUCUCGACGACAUGACGAAUCUUCAUCGCUGACAAUACCUAUGCAUUCUAUUCCUUACAUAGAGAUCGAAGCGAACUUCGGCUCAGAGCAUUCUAACGCUCGGUAGAGCUCCUUCAAAUCUGGGUCUGUACUCAAGUGGAGUAAAGAACUGAGCUUUGGUGAAGAAUCCAUUGAUUUGAAGAGGGAAUUGGAGUGAAUCAACGUCAAUUCUUCUUGGUUUGUGGUAUUGAUUUGGUUGGGUAAGAAAUCAGAAUUUUGGGUUCAAUUUCGACAGCGGAAGGAUGUUGUGGGAAAAUAAAGGCAAAAUUCUACCAUGUAUAUGUUGAAAUUGAAGGGAAUUUGCUGUACUAGAAUCAUAAAGUUCUUGUUUUUGUUGUAAAGGGAAUGGCGACUCCUGUGGAGCCUCCAAAUGGGAUCAGAAGUGAAGGCAAGCAUUAUUACUCCAUGUGGCAAACCUUGUUUGAGAUUGAUACAAAAUAUGUGCCCAUCAAGCCUAUUGGUCGAGGAGCGUAUGGAAUCGUGUGCUCUUCAGUGAACCGAGAAACCAAUGAAAAAGUUGCCAUUAAGAAGAUACAGAAUGCUUUUGAAAACCGGGUUGAUGCUCUAAGAACUCUGCGUGAAUUGAAACUUCUCCGGCAUCUCCAACAUGACAAUGUGAUUGCUUUGAAAGAUAUCAUGAUGCCUAAUCAUAGAAAAAGUUUCAAGGAUGUGUACCUGGUUUAUGAACUUAUGGACACAGAUUUGCAUCAGAUUAUCAAGUCUUCGCAAGCACUAUCUAAUGAUCACUGCCAAUAUUUCCUCCUUCAGUUGCUUCGGGGCUUGAAGUAUCUUCAUUCAGCUAAUAUCCUUCAUCGUGACUUGAAGCCUGGGAAUCUCCUAAUCAACGCAAACUGUGACCUAAAAAUAUGUGAUUUUGGGUUAGCACGCACCGGCAGCACCAAGAACCAGUUUAUGACUGAGUACGUUGUCACUCGGUGGUAUCGAGCACCAGAACUUCUGCUUUGCUGUGACAAUUAUGGGACAUCUAUUGAUGUCUGGUCUGUGGGAUGCAUCUUUGCAGAGCUUCUUGGGCGAAAACCUAUUUUCCCUGGUUCAGAGUGUUUGAAUCAGCUGAAACUAAUUAUUAACAUUCUUGGCAGUCAAAGGGAGGAGGAUCUUGAAUUCAUUGAUAAUCCGAAGGCAAAGCGGUACAUCAAAUCACUUCCAUAUUCUCCAGGAAUGCCAUUUUCCCGGCUUUACCCGAACGCCCCUCCAUUGGCAAUUGAUCUACUGCAGAAGAUGCUUGUUUUCGACCCAUCAAAGAGGAUUAGUGUUACUGAAGCACUUCAACACCCUUACAUGUCCCCUCUAUAUGAUCCUAACAGCAACCCUCCAGCCAUUGUUCCUAUUGAUCUCGACAUGGAGGAAGAUUUGGGGGAAGAAAUGAUAAGAGAGAUGAUGUGGAAGGAAAUGCUUCAUUACCAUCCUGAAGCUGCUACAGCAAAUACAGUGGUGUGCCCAUGAUCUUAUUUUCUUCAGUUUUCUCGUGUUGUUCUUUUUCGUUGAUGCCGAGAGAAGUCUAAUAACUUAGUUUGCUCUAAAUAAGUAGGAAGGCUUUGAUAUCAGUGAGCUUAAUAUAUGUUCUGUUUCCUCUUUACGGAGGACCAAGAGAACAACAGCAAAAGAAGGUCGUACUGGGGGGUCAUCCAUUACUGUGUUCUAAUGGUAGAUGGUAGCUAUUAGUUUGCAUGAGAGCAAAACUCCAUUUUUGGUUCCUUAGAUCGAGUAUUUCUCAAUUUAGUCCCUCACAAUUUUUCUCAUAAACUUUUUUUCUUAACCUGAUUAUCCACAAAUAACUGUUGUCAUUAAUGUCCUCUUGGUAAUCUAAUGUUCAUUUAUCUGUGCGGGACAUUAUUGAUAAUUGUUAUUUACAGGGGAUUAAGUUAAGAAAUACUCCCACGUAAAGGAGAAAAGUGAAGAGACAAUUAUGAGGGAUAAACUUGUGAAAGUAAUCUGUGAGAGAUUAAACUGUAAACCACUCUAUUCAUGAGAGACCGAGUUGGGGUUUAGUUUACUGUUUACAUGUUCAGAGCUCUUUUAUAUCUGAGCUAGUAACCGGGUUUGAGUUGUCUAUAAGGAUGUUUCUAAUGCCUUUUUUUUCCUUCUAAUGUUUUGGAAACUAUGUAAAUUUGGUCUAACGCUUAUCAAUAUGAUUAUGAUGUAUGAUUAGAGAAAGAAAAUGCGUUUUUGUUUC